GUUAGGGGCAGAAGCCUCCCAUUACGGAGCACGAGAGAGUCCACGAAAGUCCCCGCGACUCCCGGACUGGAGAAAACGGCUCUUGCGAUGGGGCGAAGUCCGAGCUGCGGCGGGCGUUGGUCCGUGAGGGGAAGUGGGAAUCGCUAGGUUCGUUCCGGACCCGCCGCCCCAUGGCCCAGUAGUCUCGCUCUGGUAGCCUGCCUCCACUCGUUACCGUGCCCCCGCUGAGGGCGCAACCUGGGGGCACUGGGGAGGAGCAGUGGGAGAGAAGGCGAACAGGCGGUCUUCGCUGGGAGGUUCACGGCUGGCCGAGCGGAACUUCUGGAGGAAUGCCGUGGUGGCCGAUGCCGGCGGGUGUGAGCGAGGACUACGAGGCUGAUGCUGCGGCCUGGAGGCGGGGGCCUGCAGGUGGCGGCCCGAUCCCUCCCGCGCUGCAGCGUCUCCGGGCCGUGUUGCUGCGGCUGCAUCGCGAGCGGGAGCAGCUCCUCCAGGCCCGAGAAUGCGCCUACCACCUACAGGCGGCUGUGCACCUCAUGAAGACCCUGAGUCCUGGCUCGCCAUCCGGCGGCCCUAGCCCCUUGCCCCAGUGGUGCCGCGACCUGCAGCUGCACCCUUCCCAAGGGGCAGUCCUGCGAAUCGGCCUUGGGGAGACCCUCGAGCCGCUGCUGCUAGCGCGCCCCAUCGGACUAGCUGCCCAGUGCCUGGAGGCUGUCAUCGAGAUGCAGCUUCGCGCUCUCGGCCGGGAGCCCGCCAGCCCGGGCCUGUCGUCCCAACUAGCCGAGCUGCUCCUUGCACUUCCCGCCUACCACACGCUACAGAGAAAAGCCUUGAGACACGUCCCUGGGGCUGCACGUCCUUUUCCCACGUCCCGUGUGCUCCGCCUUUUGACGGGGGAGCGGGGUUGCCAGGUGGCAAGUCGGCUGGACGAGGCGCUCCAAGGAUCGGCAUUGAGGGACCAGCUCCACAGGCGGUGCCAAGAGGAGCGGGAUCUGCUACCAGGGCUGCUGGGCCUGGUGGGGGGCGUGGCGGGUUCAGCCAGCUGUAGACUAGGGCUUGGAGGGGCUGGAGCCUUGUGGAGCCAAUAUUGGACCCUGCUGUGGGCAGCCUGUGCUCAGAGUCUGGACCUAAAUCUGGGACCCUGGAGGGACCCCAGGGCAACAGUGCAACAGCUGAGUCAGGCACUGGGUCAGGCAUCCCUGCCUCAGGAGUGUGAGAAGGAGCUGGCUUCUUUGUGUCACAGACUACUUCAUCAGUCGCUUAUCUGGAGCUGGGACCAAGGUUUCUGCCAGGCCUUGGGAUCAGCUCUUGGGGGUCAGAGCAGCCUUCCCACAUCCUCUGGCACUGCUGAACUUUUGCAGCAGCUCUUUCCUCCUCUCUUGGAUGCCCUUCGAGAGCCCAGGUUACGACUGAUUUUCUGCCAGCCUGCAGAUCCUGCGCCUGUCGCCCUAGGUCUCUGUACCCUGCAGACCACCUUGCUCUGGUUCCUGGGCAGAGCUCAGCAGUACUUGGCAGCAUGGGACCCAGCUUCCUUCCUGCUCCUGAUCCAAAAGGACUUACCUCCUCUGUUGCAUGAGGCAGAAGCUUUGUCUAGCCUGGCCUCAGAGGAAAGCUUAGCUCUGGAAGUGGAGCAGCAGCUGGGCCUGGAGAUCCAGAAGCUGACUGCACAAAUCCAGCUACUGCCUGAAGAGUCACUAAGUGUCUUUUCUCAACAAUGUCAUAAACAAGCCAUGCAAGGUUUCAAGCUCUACAUGCCACGGGGUCGGUACUGGCGGCUUCGUCUCUGUCCUGAACUUCCCAGUGCUCCUAGUGAGUAUGCUGGUUUAGUGGUCCGCACUGUACUGGAGCCUGUGUUGCAAGGAUUGCAAGGGUUGCCACCCCAAGCCCAGGCCCCUGCCCUUGGUCAAGCACUGACAGCCACUGUGGGUGCCUGGCUCGACCACAUUCUUACCCAUGGGAUUCGGUUCAGCCUGCAGGGAGCGCUGCAGCUCAGACAAGACUUUGGAGUGGUCAGGGAGUUGCUGGAAGAGGAGCAGUGGAGCCUGUCCCCUGAUCUCCGCCAGACCCUGCUCAUGCUCAGCAUCUUCCGGCAGCUGGAUGGGGCCCUGCUGUGUCUGUUGCAGCAGCCCCUGCCCAAGUCUCAAGUCCACAGGAGGCCCUCCUGUUGCUGUGAGUCACUCCCCUUCGCUCACUGCUUUGUGUGUCCCAAACCCCAUUCUCACCAUUAAUCUGGCUUCAGUGUAUCCCCAGCAGCCACCUACCUUCCACUCCUGCCUUACCAGGUGCUUGUCAGGAGGUCCAGACCACAGAAUUGCCCAGCAGCUGCCUCAAUAGCCUGGAGAGCUUGGAGCCCCAUCUCCAGCCUGGAACAUCUCCAGCCCAGACAGCUCAGCUGCAAAGCACACUAGGAGGAGGGGGACCUAGCCCAGAAGGCGACCUGGUGGGAAAUCAGCAGGCCUGGCUUGCCCUCAGGCAACACCAGCGACCCCGUUGGCACCUGCCGUUUUUUUCCUGCCUGGGAACCAGUCCUGAAUCCUAAGGAGCCUGGGACCAGGAGCCAGAAAGUUAAGAGCUCCCCAUUUCUAGCUGGAAAAUCCAGACAUUUGGAAUCGCAUAUUAAGGAAGCCCAGAACCGGAAGCUUGGAGGAAAACAUACUGGAGAAUAAGCUACAAAGAGCCUGGGCUUAAGAAUCCAAGAUUAGGCCAGGCGCGGUGGCUCACGCUUGUAAUCCCAGCACUUUGGGAGGCCAAGGCGGGUGGAUCACGAGGUCAGGAGAUUGAGACCACGGUGAAACCCCGUCUCUAUUAAAAAUACAAAAAAAUUAGCCGGGCGUGGUGGCGGGCACCUGUAGUCCCAGCUACUCCGAGAGGCUGAGGCAGGAGAAUGGCAUGAACCUGGGAGGCGGAGCUUCCUGUGAGCCCAGAUUGCGCCACUGCACUCCAGCCUAGGCGACAGAGCGAGACUCCGUCUCAAAAAAAAAAAAAAAAAAAAAUCCAAGAUUAGGGGCUGGGCGCUGUGGCUCACGCCUGUAAUCCCAGCACUUUGGGAGGCCGAGGCAGGCGGAUCACGAGGUCAGGAGAUCAAGACCAUCCUGGCUAACACAGUGAAACCCUGUUUCCACUAAAAAUACAAAAAAUUAGCCGGGCAUGGUGGCGGGCGCCUGUAGUCCCAGCUACUCAGGAGACUGAGGCAGGAGAAUGGCGUGAACCUGGGAGGCGGAGCUUGCAGUGAGCCGACAUCCAGCCACUGCAGUCCAGCCUGGGUGACAGAGCAAGACUCUGUCUC